AUGUCUCUUCCAUUGAAGUAUCCUGUGACUUUGCCAAACGGCCUUCAGUACAAACAGCCUUCAGGCUUGUUCAUCAACAACGAGUUUGUUAAGUCUCAAGGUGGAAAAACCAUCGACUCCAUCAACCCUUCCACGGGCGAGCUCAAUGGCUCCGUUUAUGCGGCGGAGAAGGUAGACGUGGACGUGGCCGUAAAAGCUGCUAGGACUGCGUUCAAUAAGUGGAAGUACGUCCCUGGCGACAAGAGAGGCGACUUGUUGUACAAGUUCGCUCAGUUGGUGGAGAGAGAUGUGGAAUUGAUCAACGCCAUUGAGGCAUGGGACUCGGGUAAAACCAAAGAGCAGAAUGCCAGGUUCGAUGUGGCUGAGUUCAUCCUGGUGUUCAAGUACUACGCCGGCUGGGCCGACAAGAUCUCUGGUAAGGUGAUCCAGAACAACCCCAAGAAGCUUGCCUACACAGUUCACGAACCGUUUGGUGUUUGUGGCCAAAUCAUCCCAUGGAACUACCCCUUGCUUAUGGCAGCGUGGAAAUUGGCUCCAGCGCUUGCUGCAGGUAACGUUGUGGUGUUGAAGACCUCGGAAAUCACCCCCUUGUCACUUUUGUUCGUGUCCAAGUACUUUGUUGAGGCUGGAUUCCCACCAGGUGUGGUGAACAUCAUCUCUGGGUACGGUGCUACUGCCGGUGCUGCUUUAGCCUCGCACAUGGACGUCGACAAGAUUGCAUUCACUGGAUCUACUGCCACAGGUAAAGUGAUCUCGCAAUUGGCCACGUCCAACAUGAAGGCGGUCACUUUGGAGUUGGGCGGCAAGUCGCCCCUCAUCGUGAGAGAAGACGCCGAGUUGGAUCAGGCAGUGAAGUGGGCUGCUGUUGGUAUCAUGUCGAACCAGGGCCAGAUCUGCUCUGCUACAUCGAGAAUCUUGGUGCACGAAAAGGUUCAUGAUGAGUUUGUCAAGAGAUUUGUUGCCCAUGUCAAGGAAGCCUACAAGCAAGGCGAUGUGUUCGAUGACCAGGCGGUGGUCGGUCCACAGGUGUCUCAGAUGCAAUACGAGAAGGUGUUGAAGUACAUUGACAUUGGUAAGAAAGAGGGCGCUCAGGUCGCUUUGGGAGGUGCUGCCAACAAAGCAGCCGGCAAGGGCUUCUUCAUCCAGCCUACUGUGCUUACGGAUGUGCAGAAGACCUUCAGAGUGGCCCAGGAAGAGAUUUUCGGUCCUGUGGUGACGGUGCUGAAGUUCUCUACUGACGAGGAGGCGCUUGAGAUUGCCAAUUCCACUGAGUAUGGCUUGGGGCUGCCGUUUUCACCACCAACGUCGUGA